CUCAGCCGUUGAAAUCUUAACCCAUAAAUUAUCGUGCCUCUUCUCUCUAUUCUUCUACAUCAAAUCAAAUCACCCUGCAACCUCUCUCCUCUCUCGUGUUGAACUCUCCCUUUGAAGAUGAAUCUGUAAGGGAAAACAGUUGGGAGUGAGAGAAGCGUGAUCCACCGUCGAUAUACCUUCCCCGACCAGUUUGCUUCCUCAACCGUCGAUAUACCUUCCACGAAGCCGUCAUGGGAGAGUGAGGCCAGUUUGAUUCCUCAACUCCGUGAAAUUGAAGCCGCCAUGGGUGAGACUGAUUCUUUCUUCUCCAUGGGACUGCAUGAAAUCGAAGCUGCCAUGGGAGAGUCGGACCGGACCAGUUUGCUUCCUCAACUCCGCAAAAUUGAAGCCUCCAUGGGAUUGAAACAAGAAGCAGGGCAAAUGGCUCACAGGGAAGAUUAAUAUGGAAAGGGAAACUGCUUGAUGGACCAGUUUGCUUCGGCACCUCAUGAAGCCGCCAUGGGAGAUUCAUAUCAGAUGUCGUUGGUGGAGACCGCAAAGGAAGCCAUAAAGCACACCAUGGAAGAGCCUGUUGAUGGAAGAAGGGACACGUUCUCCUGCCUAUGUAGCUCUGUUGGCAGGCCUAGCAUCUCCCAUGUAUUCCCGCUAUAUCGAAGCUCCCUUUAUGUUCAAUGAAUUUAACAUAGAAAUGUGGGGUUUUAGAAGUAGGGUUGUGAAAACUUUGAGGUUCUUUGUAGUUGUUACUUUUGCAUUUUUCGUAUUUGUAGGUUUCUUUAGAGGAAACUGAUCUAUUACUCGAGCAUAUGGGAAUUGUAAACCUGUUGCUUCUGCUCCUCCAAUCCCACCAAUUCAUUUUUUGUUCUUUUUUCUCAACACUUUUCCUUUUCUCUCUAUGAUUGAAUGUUUGCAGCUUUUUAGUUGAAAUUGUUAGCAUAGAUCUUCCAAUGAUAUGUAGAAUCUUCUUAAUUUUUUAAAGUAUGUGCCAGAAGUGUGACAAUGUAGCAAUUUUCUGCUGCAAUCCUAUUGGUGUACUCACCAUUGGUUAUUUUUCUUACUCAAGCUAUCAUGGUUGAUCACCAACUUGACAAUGACGAUUUCACUCAGCUAGGUAACAAUAAGUACAAUAUUGAUCA